AUGGACCCAUACAAAUUUAACAGCUGGAUUCGAAUUUUAAUAUCCUUAUGUUCUAGUGGUGCGUAUCUUUUGAUUUCCUUGAUGUUACCCCUAUUUGUGGCAAUACCGGAAUUUGAAACAAGAUAUGGGAUAUUUUUCGUUGCACCUUACAAUGAUAACAAGUACAUAACAUGGUACAAAUUUGAAACUCAUGUUUGUAACAAAGAAAAGAAUUACGAAGAAACAUCUAAGACAAAAAAUUAUGAAAAGAAUAUGAGGCACAUUUUAUGCAACUCCAUAAACUUCCUUAAGUAUUAUUUAUUAAUUGUAUUCAUAGUUGUAGCUAUAAACCUAAUUAUAGUUAAAGGGAUGUUAAUAUAUGCACACUUCCGAAAACAUCCUGAAACGUUUGCACUUAAGCACGUGCGAUUUUGCAAUAAGCUGAUUAUCCUGGUGGUGUGUCUUACAAUUACCAAUUUGGUUCUCUUUGGUGCGCCGUUCUUUUUCUUCAAUACGCAGAAGGAAUUUGGAAAAACACACUAUUUACACGGUGGCUUUUACAUAUUGCUGGCCGAUUUUCUGUCUCACUUUUUGAUCAUUAUUUUUAUAAAAAGAGAUAAAACAAUUUUAAAAUCAGUUUGUGAAUUGGAACUUUUGCCCUGGGAAAGAAAGCAGAAGCUACCCGUCCAUAACGCGGACUAUAAUGACACAUUGAUUAGUCCAAGCGAACUAACAAAUUAUCUUCAUGCAAUAUUUCAAGUAGAUGACAUAAAAGAGGAUCAACUGAAAAGUUUUUUUGGAACGGAUAACUACGAACAAAUUUAUUACAUUAUUAUGAACAAUGUGAAAGCUCAGAAGCAGUUGGUGAGUCAUUAUCGAUAA